GCCGCCUGUUAUUUCAUCGGGCGACAACAUGCUCCCUGGCUGAAAUUAGACCUCCGCCGCUGUAUCUUUGAUUAUAUGAAGUGUGUUCGUCACAUCGCUGCUGAGUUACUGAAACCCAGAGGCGCUCACAGCUCAGCCGCGGCUCGUUCACCCGGAGCAGACAUGUGUAAAGAGCUGAAGACCAAAGUGCUGAAUCUGUUAGCGCCGACCUCCAAUGAGCCGAGUGUUCGUCAGGAGGGCCACACAGAUGGUGCUGAAAUCCUGAGUUGCACGGUGAAGGCUCUGAGGGAGGGUCAUGUGGUCGCUGUGCCCACAGACACCAUCUACGGCCUGGCGUGUCUGGCCCAGAACUCUGAAGCCGUGAAAAAAAUCUAUGAAAUCAAAGAACGAAAUGGACACAAACCGCUGGCCAUCAGUGUGGGAGAAAUCCAGGAUAUCUACAAGUACUGUAAGGUGAAGGUGAAGGAGGCGCUGUUGGCUGACCUGCUGCCUGGUCCCGUCACUCUGGUGUUUGAGAGAUCUGAAGCACUGAACACAGACCUGAACCCCUUCACUCCACUUGUAGGCGUACGUAUCCCAGACCAUGACUUCAUGAGACGUCUCUGCCAAAUGUGUGCAGAACCACUCGCACUUACCAGCGCCAACGUCAGCUCACACACCAGCACCGUGGCUGUACAUGAGUUUCAGGAGCUCUGGCCAAACCUAGCAGUGGUGGUGGACGGCGGACCGAUUGGAGACAACAGCCGCCUCGGAUCAACAGUGGUCGACCUAUCAGUGCUCGGCAAAUACCGCAUCAUCAGACCCGGCUGUGCCCUUUCUUCUACGGUUGAUGUGCUGGAGCACAAAUACGGACUGUCAGAGGACUCUGGGGAAAAAUGACCUUUGAACUCUCCACAACACACGCUGAGACGCACAACCAGCUUUGACCCCGAGGCUUCUUCAGAAAAGAUGAAUCCUUUUCAUGUUCACACGGAAGUCUUUCCGGGGAGGAUGAGAACUCAGGAACAACUGGAUGGCAGAUAAUGUUCUGGUGGCUGCUUUAAGGUCUGGAGUAAGUUUUACCUUUUGAUAACCAUAUUUUGUGCCUUACUGUGUCUGCUAUCAUGGGAUUAUGUGGGAUCUCAACAUAGAACAGGUCACCUAUACAGUAUGGGAUUCUUUUUUUUAAUUUUAUUUUUUGCAUAAAAUUAAAACUAUGUAUCUUUUGUAUCAUCAAAACAGGUGGUUUAACUGAUAUGAAUGGUUUGAGUUUUUAUUUUAAUAUUUCUAUAAUGGUAAGAGGUGAUGAAGACUCCUUUUUUAUGUCCUGAAUAGUUAUUUGUGAUACGAGGUGGGAGGAACUCUUGAGAAUUGCAUUGACUAUAGAUUAAGCCUGUUGAAUCCAGAACUAUUUUUUACUAACUUAUGAAUCCUCUGUAUUUAUUUGAUCCGCAUGUCAGUUUAACAGCGUCAGGCUCACUCUACAGUUUGUCAGCAACUACAGUCACAAUAACUGUUUUAUGUUGUAGUUUAAAGGGACAGUUCACCCCAAAAUAAAAUUUAGAUAUUUUUCCAUUUACUUGUAGUGCUGUUUAUCAGUCUAGAUUGUUUUGGUGUGAGUUGCAGAGUGUUGGAGAUAUCGGCCGUAGAGAUGUUUGGCCUCUCUUGACUAUAAUGGAACUAGAUGGCACUUGACUUGUGGUGCUCAAAGCGCCAAAUUAUAUUAAAAAAACUCAAUAGCAAUGUCUCCUAGAAAUCUGACCUGGUUACUCAAGCUAAUCCUCAGAACUUGUUGUGAGCAGUUUGAUAUAGGAACUGUUUCUUUCUACCAAACUACACUUGCUAAACGUAUCACUGCGCAGAUGGAAGUGUGCAUCCACUCACGUAUGAGAGGCUUGUACUCGUGACAGCACGAGAUGUAAACAUUAAUGGCGUCCUUCUCGGCUGAGCUGUAACAUUAGAUAGCUCAGUGGUGCUAGGUGAGCUAGUUGUAGAUGCACUCUUCCUUCUGUGCU